AUGUUAGGAAAUACCAGCAAGAAUGCUGAUGGAACCACAAAAGUACCUGAAACCCCAGGAGAUUCGGAUCCGCCGCUUACGCUGGAGGUGCGCGGCUUCCUUGAGGUCUUCGGCGUGCGGGGGGGUGUGGCUUCUUCUGGUGUUGCUUCAGCUCCUCGUCGUAGCUUAUCUCGAGGCACCCUACAGGCGAAGGCUCCGGGGGCCCCCAAAGCUGCUGCUGAGGGACCCCCAGCUAGCAAGGUAGUGGUACGUAGAGUUGUGGGGGCCCCCGGGGAGGCGGGGGGCCCCCCUGAGGAGCAGGGGGCCCCCGCUGCUGCUGCAAAGGUUCGUAUGGUUAAGAAAGCAGCACCAGCAGCAACGAAAGCAGCAAAGGUUGGGGGGCCCCCUGCAGCCGUACGCAUCAGUAGUGCUGAUACAAAGAAAAAAGAAACAGAAGAAGAUGCAGCAGCAGCAGCAGCAGCAGCAGCAGAAGAUAAAUCCAAGGGGGCCCCAGUUCGUCGCCUCAUACCCAAGGCAGCAGCAACUCCUACAGGUAAAGAAGCUGCAGCAGACACAGCAGCAGCAGCAGCAGCAGCUAAAGCUCAUCCUGCUGCAGCAAAAGCAGGAGAAACAGCAGCAGCAACAGAAGCAGCAGCAGGGGCCCCUGCAGCAAAAGCAACAGCGGGGCCCCCACCUGCUAAGAAGGUACUGACAAAGAAAGCAGCACCCCAAGCAAAGACAGCAGCAGAAGAAAAAGAGAAGCAGCAGCAAACUGCAGCAGCAGCAACAGAAGCAGCAGCAGCAGCAGCAACACCAGCAGCAGCAGCAGCAGCAACACCAUCUGUUCCCUCUAAAAAAACAAUAGUUAAGAAGGCAGCACCCGCCACGAUGAUACGAAGGGGGAGCUCAGGCAAUGCAGCAGCAGCAACACCAGCAGCAGCAGCAGCAGCAGCAGCGGAAACAGCAGCAAAAACACCUGCAGCAGAAGAAACACCAGCAGCAAAAGCAGCAGGAGCAGCAGCAGGAGCAGCAGCUGAAGGAGAAGGUAAAGAAGCAGCAGAUGCAGCAGCAACAGAUAAGAAACCUGAAGCAGCAGCAAAAGCAAAAGCAGCAGCAGCAAAAGCAGCAGCAGCAAAAGUACCAGCAGCAAAGACAAUAGCAGCAAAAGCAACAGCAGCAAAAGCAGCAGCAGCAAAAGCAGCAGCAGCAAAAGCACCAGCAGUAGAAGCAGCAGAAGAUACAGAAAAGAAGACAGCACCAGAAGCAGCAGCAGCAGAUGCAGCAGCAGCAGAAGCAGCAGAGAAGAAACCUGCAGCAGAUGAAGCAGCAGCAGAAGCAGCAGCAGCAGCAGAGAAGAAAGAUGCAGCAGAAACAGCAGCAGCAGCAGAGAAGAAAGAUGCAGCAGAAGCAGCAGCAGCAGCAGAGAAGAAAGAUGCAGCAGAAGCAGCAGCAGCAGAAGCAGCAGAGAAGAAGCCUGCAGCAGAAGCAGCAGCAGCAGAAGCAGCAGCAGAGAAGAAACCUGCAGCAGAUGCAGCAGCAGACGACGCAGCAGCAGCAGCAGCAGCAGCAGAGAAGAAACCUGCAGAAGAAGCAGAAGCAGCAGAAGAGAAGAAAGCAGCAGCAGGAGCAGCAGCAGGAGCAGAGGAAGCAGCAGCAGCAGCAGCAGCAGCAGCAGCAGAAGAGGAUAAAGAGAAAACAAAAAUAACAAAAGAGAAAACCCUUAUGCAAUCGAAGCUAACAGAAGCAGAAGCAGACACAAAGGAAGCAGCAGCAGCAGCAGCAGCAGCAGCAGCAGCAGCAGCACCGCAGCAGCUGACAUCCUUAGAAUUAGCUAUGAAAGCAGCAGAGCAGCAGAUAAAACAAGAUGCAGCAGCAGCAGCAGCAGCAGCAGCUCCUGCUGCAGCAAAAGGAGUACUAGCAAAGAAAGCUGUGGGGCCUGCACCGAAGACAGCAGCAGCAGCAAAGGCAGCAGCAGCAGCAGCAAAGACAGCAGCAGCAGCAGCAAAGACAGCUGCAGCAGCAGCAAAGACAGCAGCAGCAGCAACGAAAACAGAGCAAGAAGAAGAAAAGCCAGCAGCAGCCGCAGCAGCAGCAAAAACAGCAGCAGCAGCAGCAGCAGAUUCUCCUAAAAAGGCAGCAGGGCUGGCGAAGGUCCCCCUGAAGAAGGCAGCCCCAACCCCACCACCUGCAGCAAAAGCAGCAGCAGCAGCAGCAGCACCAGCAGCAGCAGCAGCAGCAGCAAAGCCAGCAGCAGCAGCAAAGACAGCAGCAGAAGAUGACACAGCAGCAAAAGGGGAAGCAAAGGAGACAGCAGCCCCCAAGAAGAUGCUGAUGAUAAAGGCAGCACCAAAAGCAGCAGCAGCAAAAACAGCAGCAGCAGCAGCAGCAAAAGCAGCAGCAGCAGCAGCAGCAGCAGGCAAGGAGGAAGCUGAUGAUCUCACUAAAGGGAAGACAGAAGGAGAGAAAAAGGAGGCCCCCAAGACAGCAGCAGCAGCAGCUAAGCCGCUGCAGCAGCAGCAGCAGCAGCAGCAGCAGCAGGCAGCAAAAGAAGAAAAAGAAGCAGCAAGCAAAGCGAAAGUAGCAGUGAAGGCAGCACCUAAGAGCCCAGCAGCAGCAGCAAAAGCAGCAGCAGCAGCAGCAACAAAAGCAGCAGCAGCAGCAACAAAAGCAGCAGCAGCAACAAAAGCAGCAGCAGCAGCAGCAGCAGAGGAAAUCCCCACAAGCCCUCCUGCAGCAAAAACACUGAAGGCGAAGGCUGUUCCUUCUGCUGCUGCGUCAAAGAGUCCUGCUGCUGCUGCUGCUGCAGCACCAGCAGCAGCACCAGCAGCAGCAGCAGCAGCAGCAGCAGAUGCAGCAGAUGGAGACAGAGAUGCAAAGGGAGAAGAAACAGACGAAACGUCUUCUGUCUCCUCUGAGGAGGCCCCUGCUGCUGCUGCAGCAGAUGCUGCAGCAGCAGCAGAUGCUGCAGCAGCAACAGCAGCAGCAAAAGAUUCUCCUGCUGCAGCAGCAGCAGCAGAAGAAGGAAGAGGAAGCAGCAGCAGAACACGGCCUGCUUCUGUACCUCCUCUUAAGCAGCUACCAUCCAGAGACAAAGAAGGAAAGCUGCUGCUGCUGGUGUUGCUGCUGUUUUUGCUGCUGUUGUUGCUGUUGCUAUUGCUACUAUUGUUGCCGCACACUGCAGCAGCAGCAGCAGCAGCAGCAGCAGAAGCAGCAGCAGCAGCAGCAGGGGGCCCCUCAUCUACUAGCGAGGGUACAGAGAAGGAGACAGAAGGAGAAAAAGAAAAAAAGAAAACAAAAGCUGCUGCAACAAAGACAAAGACAGCAGAAAAACAGAAAUCUGCUGCUGCUGCCCUGGCUGCAAGCCCCCUAGAGGGAGACAAAAAAGAAAGAGAAGAAAAAGAAAAAGAAAAAGAGAAAGAAAAAGAAAAAGAAAAAGAAAAAGAAAGAGAAGAGAGAAUUGAGAGAAAGCAGAGCGACAAAGGCCUCCACACAGAUGAAGAGAAGCAGCAGUUUGCUGCUGCUGCAAGCGGAGAAGAGAGAAUGCUGGGGGGCCUCUUCUCCUUCAAGAGCAGCAGCAGCAGCAAGGGGAUCGCAGCAGCAGCAGCAGCAGCAGCAGCAGAAGCAGCAGGAGCAGCAGCAGCAGCAGCAGGUGAAGCUAUGAGCAAACAAAACUCAGCAGCAAGUGUGCAACAGGCGAAGCAAAAGGGAGAAGCAGCAGCAGCAGCAGCAGAUACAGCAGCAGCAGCAGCAGCAGAUGCAGCAGCAGCAGCAGCAGAUGCAGCAGCAGCAGAUUCCCCUAAGAAGCAGCAAUCUAAGGCUGAGCUGCAGCACGCUGCUUCGUCGGGGGCCCCCACAGACGAUAAAGAAGCAGCAAAACAACCUGCAGCAGCAGCAGCAGCAGCAGCAGCAGCAAAAACGAACAGCCCGCAGCCAUCCAGAGCCUCUUCGAAGCAGAAACUUCCCUCAGGAGUGCUGAAGCAGCAGUCUUCUGUUUCCUUUGGUUUGCCCUUCUCAAGGGUGGGUACAGGGGCCUCUGUUGGGGGCCCCCAAGGGGGGGGGCCCCCAGGGGGGCCCCCUGGGGGCCCCCGGGGGGCCCCCCAGGACGGCGUGCUGGUGAUGCAGACACGCAGCAUAUCUCCUUCUGUGUUGAAAGAGAGGCUGGGGGACCCGAAGCUGCAGCAGCGCAUGCAGCAGCACUCUGCUUAUAUGCGGCAGCGGGGGGGGGUGCCGUGGUGUGUUGCGGAUACAGCAGCAUUUGUACAUACACCUGAAGCAGCAGCAGCAGCAGCAGCAGCAAGAGCUGCUGCUGCUGCUGCUGCUGCUGCUGCUGGUUCUGCUGCACCCAGAAGGAUAUGCUGUGGACGCACCGAUCUGCAUGCGUUUGAUAUAUUCGCUAAUUGCUGCGGAUACCCAAGCGGCAGCCCUGCUGCUGCUGCUGCUGCUGCUGCUGCUGCUGCUGCUGCAGCAGAGACGAAAGAUGGGCACACCCACUCCGGGCCACCGGGUAUGCCGCGCAGCAAGACGCUUACUUCGCAGCAGCAGGAAGCAGCAAGCAGUCCUGCUGCUGCUGCUGCUGGAGACACAGGGGACAUGCAUGCAGCAGCAGCAGCAGCAGCAGAUCCAGCAGCAGCAGCAGCAGCAGCAGGAGGGUACUGGGAUGAGCAAGGCAACUGGGUACCCACAGAUUACUAUGGAGGAGCUUAUGCUGCAGAUGCAGCAGCAGCAGACCCAGCAGCAGCAGCAGCAGCAGCAGCAGCAGCAGGGUAUUGGGAUGAACAGGGCAAUUGGAUUCCAACUGCAGCAGCAGCAGACCCAGCAGCAGCAGCAGCAGACCCAGCAGCAGCAGCAGCAGCAGCAGCAGCAAACGGCUACUAUGAUGAUCAAGGCAACUGGGUAUACACCGGGGGCUACUACGACAUGCAGGGCAACUGGGUGCAGCAGCAAGACGAAUACCAGCAGCAGCAGCAGCAGCAGCAGCAGCAGCAGCAGCAGCAGGAGCAGCAGCCGUGGCAGGAUUGGCAGCAGCAGCAGCAGCAGCAGCAGUGGGGAGAUGGAUACGCAGGCUACUAUAAUCAGGACGGCCAGCAGCUGACACCAGAGCAGCAGCAGCAACUGCAGCAGCAGCAGCAGCAGCAGCAGCAAUAUGCUGCAGAUGGCUACUGGGAUGAACAGGGCAACUGGCAGCAGCUGCAGCAGCAGCAGCAGCUGCAGCAGCAGCAGCCGCAGCAGGGGGACCUCAAAGGCAACGGCUAUUUCGAUGAGGCUGGGCAGUGGUAUCCAUACGACCAGCAGCAGCUGCUGCAGCAGCAGCAGUACUAG